CUUUAACAACAGAUAAAGGAUGGACUUGUAGCUGCCGCUGUAAGAUUCUAAGUCCAGGAGAGAGAUAUGGAAUAUUGACCUGUCUGGGUAAUCAUUUCAAACCAAGCAGCAAGGACAGUUGGAAACACUCACAUGCUAUCAGUAGUUCCGUGAUGGACUCAAAUCAGCAUUUGAAAAAGACAGUGGAAGAAACACCUUCCAAGGAAAGGGAAACUAGAUGCUGCAAUGGAUUCAAGAUGUUUUUAGUGGCCCUGUCAUUCAGCUUUAUGUGUAAGGCACUAGGUGGAAUCGUUAUGAAAAGUUCCGUCACUCAAAUAGAAAGGAGAUUUGACAUAUCAUCUUCAGUUGUUGGCUUAAUUGAUGGAAGCUUUGAAAUCGGAAAUUUGCUUGUGAUUGUAUUUGUGAGUUACUUUGGAUCCAAACUACACAGACCAAAGAUAAUUGGAAUUGGUUGCUUCAUUAUGGGAACUGGAAGUAUUUUGACUGCUUUACCACAUUUCUUUAUGGGAUAUUACAGGUAUUCUAAAGAAACUCUUAUUCAUCCAUCAGAAAAUUUAACAUCAAGCUUAUCAACUUGUUCAUUUGAUCAAAAUUUGUUACUCAAUAGAACAUCACCUGAGGUAGCAGAAAAAGGUUGUGAAAAGGAGUCUGGGUCAUAUAUAUGGAUAUAUGUACUCCUGGGUAAUAUGCUCCGUGGAAUUGGGGAAACCCCCAUAGCACCGUUGGGGAUUUCUUACAUUGAUGAUUUUGCUGAAGAAGGACAUUCUUCUUUUUAUUUAGGUACCUUGCAUGCACUAUCAAUGGUUGGUCCAAUCAUUGGCUUUAUCCAGGGAUCUCUGUUUGCUAAAAUGUAUGUGGAUAUUGGAUAUGUAGAUCUCAGCAAUAUCAGAAUAACUCCUAAGGACUCUCGUUGGGUUGGUGCUUGGUGGCUUGGUUUCCUUGUGGCUGGAACAUUAUCUAUUAUGUCUUCUAUACCGUUCUUCUUCCUGCCCAAAAAUCUGGAUAAAUCACAGAAAGAAACAUCUUUGGACUUGCUCAAAACAAAUGAAGAAAGGACUCAAAUGGCUAACGUGACCAAUCAUGGGCAGCAUGUUAGUGAAAAUAUUACUGGUUUUUUCCAGUCCUUGAAAAGCAUCCUUACCAACCCUCUGUAUGUUAUAGUACAGUUUUCGUCAUUACUGCUAGCCAGUAGCCAUAUUGGUGCUAUUACUUACGUCUUCAAAUAUAUAGAGCAACAGUAUGGUCAGUCAGCAUCUGAGGCUAACAUUUUACUUGGAACCAUAACCUUACCAACUGUUGCAACUGGAAUAUUUAUAGGAGGAUAUAUUAUUAAAAAAUUCAAACUUACCUUGCUUGGAAUUGCCAAAUUUUCCUUUUGUACCAGUGUAUUGGCUUUCACAUUUCAGCUAUUAAAUUUUGCAUUAAUUUGUGAAAACAGAUCAGUUGCUGGCCUAACUUUGACCUAUGAUGGAAAUAAUCCAGUGGCAUCUCAUAUAAAUGUACCACUUUCUUAUUGCAACUCAGACUGCAAUUGUGAUGAAAGUCACUGGGAACCAGUCUGUGGAGACAAUGGAAUAACUUACAUGUCACCUUGUCUAGCAGGAUGCAAAUCUUCAAGUGGCUAUAAAAAUUCCAUGGUGUUUUAUAACUGUAGUUGUGUGGAAGUAACUGGUGUUCAGAACAAAAAUAAUUCAGUGACUUUGGGUGAAUGCCCAAGAGACAGUCAAUGUACAAAAAAAUUUUAUAUCUAUUUAUUGGUGCAAGUCGUGAAUUAUUUUUUCUCUUCAAUGGGAAGCACCCCUACUAUCAUGCUGAUUUUUAAAACUGUUCAACCUGAACUGAAAUCCCUUGCGGUGGGUUUCCAUUCACUAAUUAUACGAGCAUUAGGAGGAAUUCCAGCUCCUAUAUAUUUUGGGGCUCUGAUUGAUAGAGCAUGUAUGAAGUGGUCAACCAGCAGCUGUGGGAAGCGAGGGUCUUGCAGGAUAUACGAUUCCACAUUAUAUGGAAAUACCUUCAUGGGCUUGAUGGAGAGCUUAAGAUUCUUAGCACUUAUUUUAUUUGCUGUAUUAAUUUCCACUAUGAAGAAAAUAUAUCAAGGAAAAGAUACCAAGGCAUCAGAAAAUGGAAGAAAAGAUACAAAUGAAGCAAACUUAGAAUCCUUAAAUAAUGAUGGGUAUUUUGUACCUUCUUCCAGAGCAGACAAUGAAACACAUAUGUAAGGGGAGAGAAAAAAAAUUAGGUUGUUGUAUUUCAAACAACAUUGUGUGAAUUUAGUAGCAUGGUAUUUUGAGCAGUUCUUGGUCUUUCACUAAUAGUUCUCCCACCCUUAUGAUGGUACAGUGAAUCACCUGUGUAUUUGUAACAAUAAACAGACUGUAAAUGAAAAGGAAUGAGAGCACGCAUUGCUUAGGAUAUAGCUGUGCAUUUGAGAUGAAGAUUAGGACACAUGUUCCAUACAAAUUUAAAGUGAGAAGUGUGGUUAGUAUAUAAUAAAAGAAAAAAUAUUUGCUCUGGUAAUUAUAACUCAAUAAAACCAGUGAUUAAAGAAUGGAGAGGAAAAGGGAGGAGAGAAAUCAAUAAACUAAAUAAGGAGAGAAGCCCAAUACCUUUUAAGCCAGUUUGGCCCCCAUAACUCAAGCAUGAAGUUAGUAUGAUAGAACCACUAUACUAUCAUGACAUCUGUCAUUCAUGUAUUAAGUCAUAUAUUUCACAGACCUUAUUAAUUUAUAAUUUGAAAUUGCAUUCAGCUAGGAGCCCAUGAUGCAUCUUCUUCCAACCUUCCAUUAAAAUACUGCUGGAGAAAUAGAGAUAUUUUAGAAUUUGCAAGCUAUGAUUGCCGAACAACAUAUUAUGGAAUGUGUUGUUUCUUUUAGGACCAUGGAAGUGGAUUAAGUAAACACAUUUACUUGAGAAAGCAAAGCCCACUUAAAAGAUGUGUCUUCAUUUCAUUUGUCUGUUCCUGGAAGACAUGGAAUCUGUACCAGAUAAUUUACCAGCUGUUUCUCAGUUGCA